AUGCCCUUCAUCACUGGUACUAGUACUAGUACUAGUACUGCUAGUGAUUCUACUACCAAAGGCUGCAUCAAGGCUGAACGAGACGCCCUGCUCGCAUUCAAAGCCCAAAUCAUACAUCACAAGGCUCAUCCCAUCUCAUCUUGGGGUGAUCAAAAUGAUGACGACUGCUGCCACUGGGCUGGCGUGCGCUGCGACAACAUUUCUGGCCAUAUCCUUCGCCUCAACCUCCAACGCAAACAACCACGACACUAUCAUGAUUAUGAUUAUGAUCUUCAUAAUGGUUGGUGUGAUGAUCAGUUGAGCCUGAGUGGCAACAUCAGUGAAUCUCUUAUUGGCCACCAACACCUCAAAUACCUUGAUCUCAGCAACAAUUGCUUCUUUAAUAUCUCCAUUCCAAAGUUUUUAGGUUCUUUGGAGCACCUGGUUCAUCUUGACCUUAGCUACUCAAGCUUCACUGGCAUCAUACCUCAUGAGCUUGGUAAUCUCACCAGGCUGCGUUACCUCAACCUAGCAAAUUAUUAUAAUAAGGUUGAUGAUGCUGAGUGGCUAUCUGGUCUAUCUUCUAUCCGAUAUUUCUUUAUGGAUCAUGUCAACUUUUCUGGUGUGGAAAACAUCAUGCAAUCACUCAACAAGCUUCGUCAUUUGAAAAAUGUUUCUCUGUUUGCAUGCAGAAUGAACAGCAUCCCUGAAUCUCUUCCACAUCUCAACUUCACCUCCCUCACCUUCAUGGAUAUCGGACUGAACAUGUUUGACAACACUAGCAUCCCAGAAUGGCUCUUCAGAAUACCCAACCUACGUGAGCUCUACAUGUACUACACUGGUUUUACUGGCGCCAUCCCUUCAUCCGUUGGAAAUGCAACUUCUCUUCAAUUUCUGUCCUUGGCCGGCAAUGGAGGAAUUUCUGGUGAUAUGCCGAGUGGAUUUGGCGACCUCUGCAAUCUCCAGCGGCUCCUCUUGGGUGGCACUUUUGUAGGGAAGAGCUUGGAGGAGGAUUUCAGAGACGCAUUCUCUGGAUGCAUUAGCUGUGUUCCUUCCUCCAUUGGAAACGCAGCUUCUCUUCAAUUUCUCUUCUUGUCUGGCAAUAGAGGAAUUUCUGGUGAUAUGCCGAGAGAAUUUGGCGACCUCUGCAAUCUCCAGCUGCUUCAAUUGGAUGGCACUUUUGUAGGGAAGAGCUUGGAGGAGGAUUUCAGAGACACAUUCUCUAGAUGCAUAAGGCAAAAUUUGACUGGACUUUCAUUUCAAGAUAGCUCACUACAAGGUCCUUUGCCAGAUUGGUUGGGUGAAUUCACAAAUCUCAACUAUCUCGAUCUUUCUUCUAAUUCCUUCAACAGCUCCAUUCCUGCAUCUAUUGGCAGAUUGUCAAAGCUACAAGAAUUGCAUCUUUAUGAUAAUGCACUAAAUGGCUCCAUUCCUGCAUCUAUUGGCAGCUUGUCAAAGCUACAAGAAUUGCAUCUUUAUGAUAAUGCACUAAAUGGCUCCAUCCCUGAAUCUUUUGGAAGACUCUCAGGACUGGAAUAUUUGGAUCUUAGCGGCAAUGAUUUAAAUGGCCCCAUCCCCGAAAGCCUCCCGCAACUUUCAAAUUUGCUGAGAUUGGAUCUUGGUUACAACUUUAACUACUACAACUCUGUUAUCACCGAAGCUCAUUUGGCUAAUCUCACAAGUCUCAAGAACCUUACCCUUGAUCAUACCAAUUUGGUCCUUAAUAUAAGCACUGAUCGGAUUCCAGGGUUUCAGCCUAACGGCUUAUUCUUAUCUUAUUGUAAUAUUGGACCAAAAUUUCCAGUUUGGUUGGCUAACCAAGUGAAUCUUGACGUUGUGGAUAUAUCUAAUGCUGGAAUCAAGGAUUCAAUACCUGAUUGGUUUUGGAACAUCACGUACAGUAUAUUAUACUUAGAUCUCAGCAACAAUGAGAUCAAUGGAAGACUUCCUCAUAGCUUUAAAUUCCAAGCCAAACUAGAUGGUGUUAGCAUAUUCCUUGGCUCUAAUCGUUUUGAGGGAUCUGUUCCUUAUUUUCCUCCUAACCUUGAUGCACUGAACUUGAGCAGUAACUUACUUUCAGGAAACAUUCCCUCUGAUCUUGGAAACUUUGGAGGAAUAAGUCCUCAGCUUACUUCCCUCUCUUUAUCUUCAAACAACCUGAUUGGUAGUAUUCCAAACUCUCUUUGCAAUUUCAAAUACCUUGUGUUAUUGGAACUCUCCAACAAUCACUUUGAAGGGGCAAUCCCGAAUUGCUGGAACAAUUUGACAAGCCUACAGUAUCUUAACUUGGCAAACAACUCAUUGGCAAGUGAGGUUCCAAAUUCCCUCAUAAAUUCUUCACUAUCUCUACAAGUGUUGCACUUAAGCAACAAUCAAUUGCAUGGAGAGUUUCCAUCAUUCCUGAAGAAGUGCACUUCCAUGACCACUCUUAUUUUUGACAACAACAACUUCUCUGGCGAGAUUCCUAAUUGGGUGGGAGAAACCAUGACUUCAUUGAUGAUCUUGACUUUGAAAGAAAAUAAUUUCUCAGGUAACUUGCCUUUAUUAUCCAAUCUCACAUCACUUCAUUUUUUGGAUCUUUCCCACAACUCAUUUGUAGGCAGCAUACCACAAUCCUAUGGCAACCUCACGGGCAUGAUAAAUACUAGUAUGAAUGGUGGAGCAGGGUUUUCCUCUAAUAUAUCUGAAGUGCUAGUAAUUACAAUGACUGUGUCAACAAAAGGAUUAGACCUUCAAUAUGGAGUCAUUCUUUCAUCUUUUAAAUUCAUAGACCUUUCUGCAAAUAAAUUAUCAGGCCAAAUCCCAAAAGAAAUAGUUAACUUAGUUGCAUUACAAAACUUGGAUUUGUCAUGUAAUAAAUUAUCAGGUGAAAUCCCCAGCAAUAUAGGUCUCAUGCAAUCAUUGGAAUCUCUCAAUCUCUCAAGAAACGUGCUCAUAGGGUCAAUUCCUCCUAGCCUCUCUACAAUAGAUUUUCUAGGAAGCUUAAAUCUGUCACAUAAUAACUUGUCUGGAAAAAUCCCUUAUACUAGACACUUGACCACUUUUAAUGAUCCAUCUAUGUAUGCUGGUAAUCUUAAUCUUUGUGGAGCUCCUCUCGAUAAGAAUUGCACAAAUGAUGAACCAACAUCAAAUAGCCAAGCUAAUGGUCAAGAAGAUGAUAAUAACGAUAGUCCACCAAUUUGGUUUUACCUUGGUUUGAUGCCAGGAUUUGUGGUUGGAUUUUGGAUUGUGUGGGGAAUACUCCUAUUCAAAAAAGAAUGGAGGUAUCUUUAUUUCAAAUACUUGGACCACAUGUACGACAUGAUGUAUGUAAAGAUAAUGAUCACUGUACCCAAGAUCAAGAGGUUGUUCUUUGUGAUGAGAUCAAUGUGA